AUGACGGUUUGGCGGCAGCCCUGGCUUCCUUUGGUCUGGGCAAGACGUCAGCAGCUUCAACGCAAGGGCGGCCUAUCUCAGCUCGUAGCCAAAAGGUGCCUGGCGAGUCCUGUGGCACAGCCAAGCUCCGAUGAAGGCUUGCAGGCUUCACCUGUGCUGGACCUUACGACGAAGAGCGUCGUGCGAAUCAGCAGAAAGUUGACAGUCGGCCAAGUGGCAGGAGCCUUGCUACAAACACAGCCUUUUUUGCAGUCGAGCAAGGGGCGGCUCAUCUUGGAGGCCGAAAACGAUGCUUCCUUGAGCGUGGCUUUGAAUGCCCUGGCCUUGUGCAACAGGCGACUAUCCAAAGCUGCAGCGAAGCAGCGCAUCGCCUUCGUGCCUGUGGUUCGCGUCUUCCGAUACCAGGAGCCUGGCAAGGCCGCAGUGCACCUACGCCGCGCGAUGCAGCUCCUGCUACACGCCUGGGAUGCUGCGAAAGUCGUGGUGGUGCGGCGGAAGAUUGCACAGGCGGCUCCGGACGUUGUAAGCGUGAGGGGAGAUACAGAUCUGAGACGCUUGAGCGGCCUGGUGCAGUCACGCUUCCAGCAAUCCAGCGUCGGGAUUGAGGAACUUGUGGUCGUUCGGUCCAUGGGGAGCCGAGCCAUCGACAAAAUGGUCAAAGCUCUGGCCGCCGCGUGGCAGCGCUGCGCACGCACUCACGAAGGCCAUCUGAGCGAGGCCGGCUUCCAUUGUUACAUCGAGCAUCAGCGCACACUGAGCUGCCAGAAGCUCGUCUACAGCGGUGUUGAGUGCACGCUGCUGCCUGGAUCAGAAAGAGCCGACGUUGCAGAAGAAUCCAAAAGUUGCCGCGAUUGCGCAGCGGUCUUUGCUGGUUCCUUCGACAAUGAUGCUGCAGAAUGGCUUGUCAUACGGCCCGUGAGCUGCAGUGCAGCCGAUAAGACGCUGGCAGCACCGUGCUGA